CUUGCCCGGAGCCUGAACAGGUUCCUGUCAGUCGCCAUUUUUAUUAUUCAGAACACCCCUCUAAGGUGAAGCGCCAUGGAUCUGGGAUCGGCCGGUAAUACGGGGAUAUUACCAAAUUACAACUUUGAACAUUUCGAAGAUGAAGUAUCAAAGGAGAGCAAUGAUCUGACUGUGGACGCUCCGUUUUCCACAUCUGAUGUGCGAGCUUUUCCAGCUAGCCAAGCGGAUGUUUCCCUAGCCAAUCCUGGGAUGCUGGCGGACGUUUCACAAGUUCAGCUGUUGGAGCAAGGGGCUGUGCAUCCUGGGGAUGAAAACCAAGAUGUAAAGAAGAAAGGUGGCUGGCCAAAAGGCAGGGCCAGGAGAAAAAAGAUCCAACGUCGAGAUGUCAACGCUCCACGCCAACCACUCACCGGCUACAUCCGAUACCUUAACGACCGCCGAAAUAAAUAUCGUGCUGAGAAUCCCACCAUGUCGUUUUCCGAGGUUACGAAAAUCAUGGGGAAUGAAUGGAGUAAGCUGCCACUGCAUGAUAAACAGCACUACCUUGACGAGGCCGAGCAUGACAAGGAGCGUUACAUGAGAGAGCUGGAGGCUUACUACAAGACGGAGGCGUACAAGAUCUUCAUUCAGCGCAAGAAUGAGAGGAAGAUGAAAGGAGAGAUGAUGGAUGAAGACAGUAAUUUAUCGGAUGUCAAUGGAGGAGCUUUAGAGGUGAUGAAUGACAACACGCACAAGGAGGAGGAGAAGAAUUUUGAUAUCCCCAUCUUUACAGAGGAGUUCCUCGACCACAACAAAGUGCGUGAGGCCGAGUUGCGGCAGUUGAGGAAACAGAACACCGAGCUCGAGGAGCAGAAUGCCAUCCUGAGUAAACAUAUCGAAAACAUGAAACAGGCCAUCGAGAAGCUGGAGGUGGAAGCGGUGCAGCAGAGAAGCAACAACAUGGCAUUACAGCAGCAUCUGGAUGGUCUACGGACCACUCUCACCACGAACUUCGCUGCAGUACCUCUGCCAGGAACGAACGAAAUUCCUCGCCUGGAAUCUAUCGACACGUACAUGGCGAAGCUUCACACGAUUAUUCUCGACGCUCCUCAGGAGAAUGAACACCUCAUAGCGACUGUAAGAGACAUUGUGGGACACCUCAACUUUGAUACUUGAAUUGAAUACAAAUUCUCCAUCGAAGAUGAACCUAAUCUCAAGUUUGAACAAGAUGUUGUUAUAGAUUUGAAUACAAAUUCUCCAUCGGAGAUGAGCCUUAUCUCAAGUUUGAAUAAGAUGUUGUUAUAGAUUUGAAUACAAAUUCUCCAUCGAAGAUGAACCUUAUCUCAAGUCUAAACAAGAUAUGGUUGAUUCCAAUACAAACUCUCCAUCGAAGAUGAGCCUUAUCUCAAGUCUAAACAAGAUAUCGUUGAUUCUAACCCUUAAAGCGCCAGAGGCGACGAUCGUCGACAUAAGGGGGAAAGCGCCAGAGGCGACGAUCGUCGACAGCAGACAUUUAGUUCCACCUGUCUGCUAAGAGAUGGCAGUGAGUGUGCAUGUACGCUCUUUGGUACUUCGACAGUGAUGCUUAGCACAAAAUGGCAUCGAACAAAUUUCAAGUUUCUAUACAAGCUUUUGAGUAUUUUAUCAAAAACUUGAAGCCCCAUUUUCGCGGGAAUGACGUCAUCAGGAGUAAUUAGCGCUGCUACGACUAAUUAGACGGAUGCUUCGACCAGGAAUCGGAUGGAAACGAUGUAUUUAGACCCAGAUUUCAUAUUAAAAUACCAAGGGAGGUAUAAAAAGCUGAUGGAGGUAUGUUCUGGCCAUAUUUUUGUUGAUUAUGGGUAUUUGCACUAAUUAACCCCUAAUUAGUAAAUUUUGGCGGGAAAUGUCACAAAAAUCGACGGGAAUUACCAUUUGUAUAAAAUCAUCAGUACAUUCCAUGGUGUUUGUAACAAAAAUAACGUUGUUAUUAAUCAUUUUCAAAAAUGCUCGGUUAAUUCGGCGCUCAGGGGUAAUAUGAUUUUGUUAAUUCGGCGCUUUAAGGGCUAAUACAAAUUCUCCAUCGAAGAUGAACCUUAUCUCAAGUUUGAACAAGAUAUGGUUAUUGAUUUGAAUACAAAUUCUCCAUCGAAGAUGAACCUUAUCUCAAGUCUAAACAAGAUAUGGUUAUAGAUUCGAAUACAGACUCUUUAUUGAAGAUGAACCUUAUCUCAAGUCUAAACAAGAUAUGGUUAUAGAUUUGAAUACAAACUCUCUAUCGAAGAUGAACCUUAUCUCAAGUCUAAACAAGAUAUGGUUAUAGAUUCGAAUACAAACUCUUUAUCGAAGAUGAACCUUAUCUCAAGUCUAAACAAGAUAUGGUUAUAGAUUCGAAUACAAACUCUCUAUCGAAGAUGAACCUUAUCUCAAGUCUAAACAAGAUAUGGUUAUAGAUUCGAAUACAAACUCUUUAUUGAAGAUGAGCCUUAUCUCAAGUCUAAACAAGAUAUGGUUGAUUCCAAUACAAACUCUCCAUCGAAGAUGAACCUUAUCUCAAGUUUGAACAAGAUAUAGUUAUAGAUUUGAAUACAAAUUCUCCAUCGAAGAUGAACCUUAUCUGAAGUCUAAACAAGAUAUGGUUGAUUCCAAUAGAAAUUCUCCAUCGAAGAUGAGCCUUAUCUCAAGUCUAAACAAGAUAUGGUUGAUUCCAAUACAAAUUCUCCAUCGAAGAUGAGCCUUAUCUCAAGUCUAAACAGGAUAUGCUUGGAGAUUUGAAUACGAAUUCUCCAUUGAAGAUGAACCUUAUCUCAAGUCUAAACAAGAUAUGGACACAGCUUGAAAAAAAGUUUAAGGUUUACGGUUUUGCACGCUGCGCUUUCCACGCAUUCCCUGUAUAGAUUUGGCAAAUAACUACUUUGUGGCUGUAUCUGUAAAGGUAACACACUACAGGCACAAAUGGUCAGUCAUUUUAUUUUGUCAUUUCGUCAUUUUGCUGGUGUAAUCAAAACAUGUGACAAUAAAAAGGUGACAGUUGUAUUUGUA